UCGAUUAAUCAGUAAAGGUGUUUGGAAACAUGAAAGGUAACUUACGUUCAAAUAAGCUAAGGUGCGCGCGCACGUAACUUACCUGCCCAUUCACCUUUCCGUGUUCAAAAGGCGAUUUGAAAACAAAGGAAUAAUACAUACUUUUUAUAUAAUUCAAAUGAACAAAUGUUUGUCCACAAUCAGUACACAGAGAGGUCAAAGGAGAUUAAAUGGAAUUCAGCUUCCAUUAAACUACCUGCAAGUUAUUGGUUGGAUUGUUUUCGUGGCAACUAUUUUUUUAAAUUUCUUAGUUUUGGUUCAGAUACAAUUUGAAGUCUUAAAAAUCAUUAUGUACGUACUGUACUGCAUAUUAUAUAUUCUUCACAUGGUUGCACAUGGAUUUGCUUUGUUUUUGGAUCCAAGUGAAUACGAGUUAAGGAAAAUGGAAGUUAAUACUGUUCCGGAAUUUGAUCGCACAAUACACGCCCAUGUUAUUGAAAAUGGAAGAUGUCAUCUUUGUAACAUAAAUACAAGCAAUAAAAACACGAAACAUUGUGGUAUAUGUAACAAAUGCGUGUACUAUUUUGAUCAUCACUGCAAAUGGUUAAACAACUGUGUUGGUCGUAGAAAUUAUUUAGCUUUUAUUCUAAGCGUCGUUAGUGCCUUGUUAAUAGCACUGCUGACUUCUGCAUUAUGUUUAACGGAUAUAGUAUUUUUUAUCAAAUAUCCUUAUAAUUUAAGUCAUGAAGCACAAAAUUUUACAAAUUGUUUGAAUGCACCAGAGCCAAUAAAGUAUUGUAGUAGUUCAAUAGCAUUAUUGACUUUUCUUGUUACUUAUUGUGUCAGUGGUUUAGCGAUAGCCUGUGCCUUACUACAUUUAUUAUGUUUUCAUGUUUAUAUAGCGAUGCUAGGUGUUUCUACAUACGAAUAUAUCAUGCGGAACAGUCAAACCAAAUCUUUGAAAUUUAAUUUUUGUAGGACUAAUUUGCAGAGUAAUUAUUUGAUAGGCAAGAAUAAAGUGAAUUCUGGUCAAUUAACCACUAGAACUAAUUGUGAUACUGAAAUGAUUAAACCGAGUACAAAAUCCUUUAUAAGCUCGAUAAUUAGCGACGAAAUAAAUAGAGCAAGAAAAGCCUUAUUACAUAAUAAUAAUACUAAAAUUCAUCCUAAGCUAAAUGAUGAUGUGAGCUAA